AUGAGGUCUUGGAUCUUUGGAGGAAAUAAAAAUGAGGGCCAACAGGACGAUAGAUCCCAGAAUAAUCCACAGGGAGAGAGUGGACGCCCCGGAGGAGUAGUAGGUGCUGCAGCCGAUGCCCUUUCUGCCUUUCGAAGAGGAGCUCCCGAUGACGCCGAAGUAGAACGAAAAGUAUCCUUGGCGGCCCGGAAUUUAUGUUAUGGGGUUCAGCGAAUAGUCUUGGCGGCCAAGGGCAAGUCGGGGGUGGAAUGGAAGGCCGAAUUGCUCAAUUUGUUGGGUGGGGCAGACGAUACUGUCCCCAAGGGACAUUGUGAUUUAGAUGUCUUGUUGGUGGCUCCCAAAAAUGACAAGUUCAUAUUGCGAUGUCUGGAGAAUGAGCUACCGCCCAACAUGAUUCAUUGUUUGAGGUUGCUAAGAGUAUUGGAAUUGCAGCAUGCAAACCAAAAGCACAAAGAAAACGAAGCCCGUCUUAAGGCUGGCAAGAAAACCAAAUCAAUAAAGCCGAUAUCGAGUCGGGCGACUUCUAAGGUCAGCCAACUGCUCUGCACACUUUGUACAGAUCCGUCUGUCGGAGAACAACUUCGACCGCAUUUGUUUGGAUUGCUGGCAUUGUCGGGAGCAUCCUAUCCGGCUUCGGGAGUUCAUGUUGCCAAGGGGGCUUCACAAGUUAUCAUUGCGUUUGCGGAAAACUGUCUUUCCAAUAGUCUGGUAUGGUUUCUGCACGAUCGAAAAAUGAUCAUUCACAUGACCGACGAUAUCAAGGAGUUAUGUGGACUGACUGCGGAUGGGGAUCUGACCACUUCUUCGACUAGUAAUGCUCUCAGUUUGUAUGGAGCCGAGGCAGAGAAGGAGGGACUUUGGGCGAUAUCAUUAUCGACGGUGAUUCAUCUGGUGGUGAAUUCAUGCCGGCACAACUGCAAAGAACUAAUGAAAGACUUUGAGGCAGCUAAAGGAAACGAAGUCCUCAAGGGAGCCAUUUUGCAAUCCAAGUCGAAAUACGGAAAGGAUCUCAUGAAUCUCAUUCCAUUGCUAGCGACUUGUAAUGUUUCGGAGGAUCAAGAGGAAACUUUGCCGGGCCAACGGCCAAACGAGAAUCUAGCAGUCAAUACAGCCGCCUUUGGUAUUAUGGAAGAACUCAUGUUCAAAUCACUGCCAUUUCUGGAAAAGUAUGACAAGGAAUUUGAAGAGCGACCGAACCCAACCAAGAAAUCCAUCAAGGAAAUGGCCGAAUAUACUCUGAAUCUGUCUGCCAAAAUACGAUUCACGGAAGAAAUCGAUGAAUCGGUAAUGUCAGCUGAUGCUGAUGUUGAUGAGACUACAGAAGCACAAAUAGAAGGUUUUGAUGUGGCUACCGACUUGUUGCUGUCAUCGCUCCAACUGUACUCGGAGCAUGCGAUGAAUUUUGGAAUACUGGAGAGUAGAUGUCACCUCUUAACGACGUAUGUUCUGGCAUUCCCGACACUGAAAGACGAGAAUCUCAAGGUUCUGAUAUUGAAGACGGUAGAAUUUGUAGUGACUGGAGUCCAAGGACCUGUUGCUAUGCAGCCGUUUGGAGUGCUGAGUGAAGUUUUCGUUUCCAUUUGCAAGAUCUUGUUAAAGGGUGGCCUUGAGUCAUCGAGUGAGGAGCACAAGAAGCAAAUGUUGGAUGGCUUGUUUGCGGAUACCGAUUUGAUCAAUGAAUCGAUGGAGCGAUUGUUCAAGUUUGAUAGUCGGGUCGGACCAGCGAUUAUGCAAUCAGGAACGAUUACCAAAGUGGUGGACGACGUCACAGAGCUGGUGUUGCAGGCCAUGGAAGAGAAGAAAAGUGAAUGGGAGGAAAGUUUCGAGGACGAUGGGCAGAAAUUCAUCACACCGCCAUCGGAGACUCCAUUGGAUAGUGUCUGCGCAGCGAUUUGCCGUGUUCUUGGAUUGAUUUUGGGCCAAAAAGCAAGACAGAAUGUCACCAUCUUAACAUCAUCGUCAACCGAAAAGACGAAAGAGCUGAAAUACCUACUUGUGACCGCAGUGAAGGAAAUGGGAGACGAAGCAGCUUUUGCGGCAACUGGUGUAUUCGAGUACAUCCUUUCGGCGAGAGAGGAAUUGGAGCUAUUGCGAGAGGACAUGGUAUUUUGUUUGCAGCUCUCUGAUUAUUUCUCCGACAUUAUGGCUCGAUCGUGUGGUGUGCCAGAGGCAGCGAAAGAGGUUACCAAGAAUAAAUCUUUGAAAAGUGGCGACGAGUUAGACAUUAAGUUCACUCCCAAGCAACCUCUGAACGAUGUGCUCUUGCGACGCGUUGCGGGUGUUUACACAAUGCUCAAGAAAGUUCUGGAAAGUAGUAGUUUGGCACGAGAUGCCUUUCGACUGACUGGUGGUUUUGAAUCCAUGGUGCGAACAGUUCUUUGCCUUGGUGGUGCUGCCGCCCAAAACGAUCCCGCCGACGAUUCGAUAGUUGAAAAUUUGAUGAAUCUCUUGAAAAUCAUCCUUUCAGCAGUGGAUGCUGGUAUCGGAAUUGACUCAAGAGAGCCCCCAAGCAUGCAGGAUUUGGAUGUGUACUCCCGCGUAUCUUCCGUUACUCUAGGAACAGGAACACUGGUGGAUCCAGUGUCAUCACAGUACUCGGCGCCAAAACCAGCCGCAAAGAAUCUGUAUUACUUACGUUUGAAAGCCUUCUAUUUGGAUUUUGCAAUUGCGAUUUCUCAGACCAAGAUACUGGAGACACCAGAGACUGCAGUUCAAGUCUUUGACAUUGCCAUGUCACAUAUGGAUCCAUCCUUCAGUCUCAUCCAAGCUGAUGCGACAUCAGCAGCUUUGCUCAUUCGGAAUCCCGACGCCGCCCGCUUGAUCCUUGGUCUGAGCCUUUUCUUGCCAAAAACCAAAGAUGGUGCUUUGCUUUCCAAGAAAGCUUUCGACAAUAUCAUCCGCUUAUGUGAUCCAAGCCGACUUGGCUCCACGCUCUCACAACUUGCGAACUGUGGUAUCAUUUGGAGUAUCACAAAUCCUAAAGAGUUUGCUCCAAUUUUGGACGAGACUUCGCAUCACUUGUACCCAAGAUUCAUGCUUCUUCUGAGACGAGUGGCAUCUUUCAGUAUGUCUUACAACGACUUCGUGUCCAUGCUACGAGGCAUAUCUGGUCCGCUUCUGAUAGAAGAAGGCGAGUCUCGGAUUCGACUGCCUGUCAUCACGUCUUCAGUGAGACGAAAGCAAAAAACGGUAGAUUCGUCAAAGGAAUCAUACCAAGAGAAGGAAGAAGACUCCUGUAGGAGGCUUGAUUCGUUGUGCAAUGUUGCAGAGCGAGGCGAUCGUGUACCGUUUUGUGCUGUUGGAGGUGAUACAGUCAACACCAUCUCAGUUUUGUUGCACAAGACUAAAAUCGAAGAUCGUCUUUACAAAGCUGCUGAUGAAGGCAGACUCAAUUUUGUGGAAGUUGAUGCUGUAGACGCUACAUCGCUACUGCCGGGAGGUUUCCUCACUGCUGGUGUCCCAGCGCCAGGGUCAUCAGGCGGCGAACGACUGUGGGCGCCGAUGUCCACUUCGGGCUUUUCGUAUUCACUUUGGUUUCGAUUGCCGAAGCAAUCAGAUGAGAACAAGAAAGGGAAAUACUAUUUGUUUGACAUGUCCAAUCCUCCGGUGACCACCGGUGAUGGUUCCCAAGCCUCUCAAAGUGGUACAUACCUGUCACUGUGGUUUGAUUACCAUAAUCUUCGAUUCAACAUGCUUGCAUCUACCCAAACUGGUGAACCCAUGUCUUUACCAACGGCUCCAUUGACGCCCGGCGUCUGGCAUCACCUUGUUCUCACAUACACUCCUUCGAAGAGAACUAUGAUGGGAAGAAAAUCAGCAAUUACGUUGUACGUGAAUGGUCGACCGUUGGAAACUGAGGUGAAGAUUGAUAGCGUGAAUUUGGCUCCAAACGCGAAGGUUGUUAUCGGAGCACCGAAUCCAGCAAUUGCAGUCAGUGGGAUUGUAACUGGAAAAAUUCUCAGUUGGGAUGUCGGACCAACUCUGAUGCUUUCUACUGUCUUGUCAGAACUGGACGCUACUGCCAUGUUUGUUCAUGGUCCAGAUUUCAAUGGUAUAUUCUGGGGAGAUCGACCGCAGCGUCUCUCCUUAUCGGCAACUGGAAGUGCUGCGUUUGCGCUUCUAGCUGAGACAGGAGAACAAGGAAGUGUUGCGAGUGCUCUUCGCCGGCGACAAAUCGCUCGACUGGAGGCAGCUGGCACGGUAUCAAGAGAAAUGGGACUCGGGGGAGCGAAUGAUGACAACGACUCGCUCGUUUCGUUGGGCCUGCUCUGCGUGCUGAAUGCAGAUAGCGUUGUAUUUGCGUACCGCGCAGUUUCAUGCAAUCGAACUUCACCUUUAAUGAAGAGCGAUAUUUCCUUGAAGAAGAAAUACUGGUCGGACAAACUCAUCAACAUGGCCCGUAUCAACUCAAACAAUGAGGUUGUUUCUUCUGAUGCAUCCGUCUAUGGAAAGGCUGGUGUGGUAACACCUCGUUGUUUUGCUGACAAUGUCCAAUGGGGAGGAGGUCCAAAGCUCUUGAUGCCACUUGUGUACGCCGCAAAUUCGUCACGGAGCAUGGCACUUGCUCUUCGCUUGAUCAGAGCUAGUACGAAUAGACACCCACCGAAUCUGGAAUCAAUGCAAGGAGGUGGUGGCUACCAAACACUUGCGGUGCUCAUUCAAGGAAAGAGAUUUGUUGAUGCACAAGUUCUUGAUCAAGCAUUUUCUUUCGCUGUACACGGUUUCUACCCCGAAGAAGCAGACGAAAUGGCAAAGAAUUCGAAUGACAUGAGUUCGGGUUUCGCCAAUGGACCGCUGCAAAAUUCCGACUUUUGGGUAUUUUCGGAUCUCGAUGCCAUGAAACAGCUGCUCUUGAACCACCAAGUGUGGGACUUAAAAAAUGCCGGACCCGAGCUUCCAUCAAGAUUGCUUACAUUCGUUAAUGGGCUGGUUGCACAAAAGUCGAUUCACAAAGCGUUCAACUCCCGCCGGCUUCAUCUGGUUGGAAUAGUCCGUUGGACACUACAUUUGAUGAUGGAAGCUGCAGAGCUUUACACCAACGGCGAACUGGCGAAGCGCAAUCAGCAAAGGAAGCAACAGGACACCGAAUCAGCCCCUGAUACACCAAAAGCAUCGAGUAGUCGUUGGUACUGCGAAGCACCACAUAUUGAUGCUGUUUCAGUUGGUGGAAAUCCCGACAACGCUUUACUGCAAUCGUGCAAGACCUUGCUCCGACGAGUAUUGACGUUCAUGCUGACUCCUGGUGAUUUGGAGGCAAUUGCUGAAACCACAAUGCACACUGUAUCUAUUGGAGGAUUCACAGCGAAGUCGAAUUUCAAUGAGACGGAAGCUGAGAGCUUCGAGGAUGAAAAACUUCUGCCUGGUGCUGUUGCUAGAAUCUAUCUUCUUCGUCUGAUAGAGGAACUCAUCGUUGACGGAGUCAACGAGAUUGUUGCCAGUGGCCCCAAAGAAGGAGAGAACAAGACCGAGGUUGCUCUAGCUCCACAUGCCGGUGGAAUAGUCAAUCCAAAUCAGACUUACUUUUCGAAAGCUAUGUUGGAAGGAGAAGCUGAAGAUGGAGAGACGCACCCAAAGCACUUUCAGGCCCAAAACUUUCUCUCAGCUUUCGCUGGCGUUUUCACACCAGUUUGGUUUGCAGCUUUGCUCGAAGGGUGCCACGAAGAAGCCACGGCAUCAGCUGUUCUACGCUUGAUGAUCUUGAUGAUGCAGAGUUCUCCUGCUUUCGCAGAAUCCUUCGAACAACAGGGCGGCUUUGCCCCUCUCAUCCUCAGCGUCCCAAAGUUUUCUACUUGUUCAAGUGUCAUUAUUUCGCUUCUGAGCCAGCUGCUGCACGUAUCGAUUUUGAGUUUACCUACCUUUCCAAUGCUUGAUGCCUCACAACUCAAUAUUGUAUUUGACGAGGAAAGUAGCUUGUCCGAAAAGGUCGCACAAGCUAGACUCAAAGCAUUGGGAAAUCGGAAGAGGGAUUCUUCCUGCGGGAUCUUUGCUUUGGUAGCCGAAUGCAUCGGCCGCAAUCUUCAGCUCGUUCCAUUUGAUAAUGAGUUGGGUAAGAAGGCGAAGCAGACAAACAUGGCAAUUCUUGAGCUGCUUCAGCAUCGGCACAAUUUGUCACCAGCUUUCCAAGACUUCUGCAGGACAUCCGACUUUGUGGAGCCACUUUCACAGACGCUUUGUCUCAUUUAUGAUGAGAGAUCACAGCAAUCCAUGUCUCCAAGUUCACCGGAAGACCAAGGAGCGAUUACAAGACACGGCCUUCUGUCAUCUGUUCCUAAGGAUAUGACACCACUUGAACGAUUCUUUGGUGUCGAAAGCAACGACAUGAUGCUCUCUGGAGCUGGCAUCAUAUUGCUAUUGAAGAUGGUUGUUUCUAGUUCUGUGAUGAUGGGACCAGUAGCACCAGCCCUGGUGAAUUCGUUUUUUGAAUCCUUCCCGAUCCACGCUUCUUCAGAACAGGUUGGGGGAUAUCAAAUGGUCCUAAUGGAUUUAGUGAAGACUACCGUCCACGAAGCGAUUGAUCUUGGAGAGGCAACCGCUCUUGCUGCUAGUGUUGGCGUAUGCUCAGUUGUGUUGAACAGAUUGAUGAAAGGAUUUUUCACCUCUGAACUGGCUCUGCAGACGUUGACCUCGACACUUGAUAUCUUGAAGGCAUUAACUUCCCCUGGUUCGACUGUGUCGCAAAACCUCACAAACAUGGAAGUGGCAAUGAUAUCUGCAGAUGCUGCUCAUAUUGCACGCCUUGCAGCAGUGACGACUUUGAAAAGAAGCAGGUCAUAUCAUGACGAAGACCCCGGCGAUCCCGAAUUGCAAGCUAUCGUCAUACAGUUGAUUGCAAAGAGCAUCGACACCUUGAUGAUAGUUCCGAAAUCAAAUCCGAAUGCACGAAGAGGGAACUCAGGAGUACACCAGGCUCCUCCUUCAACAUCUAAGCUUUACCCUCUCUGGAUGUCUGCAUCCAUAGCACGAUGCGCUGCUGGAGUAGAUCUGGCCUACGUGGACCUCAGUGACUCCGAUGAACCAGUACGAAGUUUCGUUGUCGGUCUUAUGGUUGAGUUGCUCUCUUUGUUGAAUGAUCCCCGUGAUGAGAUUCGCGAGGCGGCUGUUGCUGUUGUGGUUCAACUACUUCAGGGAAAUCGAACAAUCAUGUCUGGACUCUUGAUCAAGGAUAUUCAGCAGGGUGAUCGAAUCGAAACAAUUGAUGUGAUGAACAGAGGUGGAUUCAGUGCACUUCUUGUUGCUCAUGAAGUUGCCAAGAGCUCAGGAGGAACAUCAUCCAAAAAACACUAUGCUUCUUUCUUUGAUUGGUUCCACAGGAAUAUUGGAAUGGUCGAGCUCGUGAAAAACGACAUCGAACACGAAAGCCAUCGAUUAUUGCCUGGACUUCACAGCAGGGCCACAACGAUGGCCGAGGCUGUCGAGAUUCGGCAACAGGAGAUGGUCAUGUCGAUGGCAAGUUCUGAGGCUUCGGACCGAACAAUUCGAGGUGGUCUUGAACGUGCCGAACUUGCACAGCAUUGCAUCGAUAGCACAAUCGAAAAUCACGUUCAUUGGAAACGUCAAGGGUUUGAUGACCUAGCGUCGGGAGCCAUGCAGUGGAAAUUCCUGCUUCGUCGGCUGAAAGGAUCUCGUACGAUAUGGGAGGGCGGACCUCGUUUCGAGGCAAGAACAUUUUUGGCUCGUCACCAGCAUUUGUAUGCUUAUCUGGUAACAGGGGAUGUGCCAGCUCAAGUUGGUAUGAAGAAAGAAGAAGAUGACGGAAAUUCCUCCGAGCUUGUGAAGCGUUGGAAACUGGAUCUAUCCGAGGGUAACGAGAGACAGCGCCGUCGCCUCCUACCAAACUACGAGUUUCAUACUUUGUAUGGAGUUGAAGAAGACGAAUAUGAUGAUGGAGGAUCAGAAAGUGGUGUUGACGAUGAUGAUUCUAAGGCAGCAUCGUCAGCUGCAUCUAGAAAGGUCAGGAAGAGUGCUCGUCUAUCAACGUUCUUCCAUGGAAAAAAUGAGAAGCCAGACGCCAAAGGAGAAUCCUUUGUCAUGGAAGCAACUGCUGAUCUUUUGAAGGAGCUGAAUAUCAAGAGCGCAAAAAGGCAGGAUGAUGACGACGAUGAAGACGCCGACGAUGACGGAGAAGAUGAUGGUCAAACUGAAGCAACUUCAAUGACUGGCACGAGCUCAGAGGCAAACGAUGGCGCCGUGGGCUCAGUUGGGGCCAAGCCUAGUACCAGUGAGGAUGCAAAUGAUGACGACAGCGCUAGUCACGACCAGCAUCACGAAGCAGAGAAUGCCACAAGCUACGAGUUGAUCACCGGAUUGCUCCAAUCCGGAGAUUGGCCAGAAGAAUCUUACAAUGUAAAGCGUUGUACCGGAUUGGAAGUCAGGAAGGCGCUGCUCUUGUGGUGCCGCGAUGCCAUAUAUGUCAUUGAUGGCUUCGAACAAACAGAGGGAGAAGGUCUUGAAGGAAGGAUCACCAGAGUUGAGAAAGAAGAAUUCUCAUACAACAUCAAUCUGAGACCAAAAGACUUCAAAGUUGACGAUGACAACACGUCUGUUGACGCAAGUGUGAUGGCUGAGGGAAACAAAGGCGAAGGGAAGAACAAGAGCGCGAAGAAGGGUGGGCAGGAGCCCUCGAAUGAAGUCACUUACCAACAUCGAAGUCAGCGGAUCGCAUUUAAGGAGCUUCACUCAGUUUUCCGAAGAAGAUACCAGCUGCAACACAUUGCACUGGAAUUUUAUGACAGCUAUAACAAUGGAACUCUUAUCGCGUUCACGAAUCACACUGAGCGCGAAGAGAUAUUGUCGAAGGUCUUGGCGACACCUUUGCCGAAUAGCAUCUUUAGCUCAAGUUACGGUACAUAUAUCAACUACAAGAAAUUCAUGAAUUCAUGGAAAAGCAAGAUUGUUUCACAGUGGGUGAAUGGGAAGAUGACGAAUUUCGAAUUCUUGAUGCAUUUGAAUUCAUUCGCUGGCCGCACAUACAACGACUUGACACAAUACCCUGUAUUUCCAUGGAUCAUUGCCGACUACGACAGUGAAGAAAUUGAUCUCGAUGAUCCAAAGACAUUCCGUGAUUUGUCCAAGCCGAUGGGUGAUCUUGGUGAAGAGCGUGCUGAACAGUUUCGUGAGCGGUACGAAGCUCUCGAGGCAAAUUACCUUAACGAAGACGAGCCACCGCCAUUCCACUAUGGAACUCAUUACUCUACUGCGGCAUAUGUUCUGUACUAUUUGAUGAGACUCGAACCAUUCUCCCGUUUGGCGCUGACGCUUCAAGGUGGACGUUUUGACGUUGCCGAUCGUCUGUUCCAUAAUAUUGGCAGCAGUUGGAAGAGUGCCAGUCGUGAGAACUUGCAAGAUGUCCGAGAGCUUAUUCCAGAAUUUUUCUAUCUCCCAGACUUUUUGACAAAUACAAACAACUUUGACUUUGGAAUCACACAAAAAGGAAAGACUGUACACAACGUGACGCUUCCAGUCUGGGCGAAGGGUGAUCCUCAGCGGUUCAUUCGAAUUAACCGGCAAGCACUCGAGAGUGACUAUGUCAGUAAGCAUCUACACCUGUGGGCGGAUUUAAUUUUUGGAUACAAGCAACGAGGUGCUGAGGCUGUGAAGUGCUUGAACACUUUUGUUCACGUGACUUAUGAAGGAGAAGUCGAUCUCGACUCAAUGACUGACCCUGUACAGCGAGAGUCUACUAUUGCUCAAAUCCAGAACUUUGGACAGACUCCAAGCAGACUAGAGAAACGUCCUUUCCAGUCACGCUUUGUGUUCAAUGCGUUGAAAGAAAAGGAUGGAAACAUUGACUUUGGGUCACUUUCAUAUCUUGCUCCACUGACACCACCAUUUAUGGUGGUUGGAGCUCCCCACCGAUGCCAAGUGAAGCGUAUUUCGAGUGACAUGUGCAAGCUAGGUCUGAGUGGCCAACAUGACAAAGCUGUCGGAGAUUUGUUCUUGGUGAAGGGGCAACUCGUGGGCGUUGGUCGAAUGUGCGCUUUGAACAUCCCAAUGAAGACAUACUAUCGAUUUGGUUAUCCAAACAGUGGUUUGGCAAUCCAUGUCGCGUCAUUGAACAACAGAAAUAGAGAGCUGAACAAGCUUAUCAGCAUUCACGACGGUAUGCAUCGAUCCGAAAUCAGCGUGGCGAAGGUUUCACUUAAUGGCCAAGCAUUGGUUACUGGCUGCAUUGAUUCAACCGUGAGGUUGUGGCAGUACGAAAACUCAAGAUUCAAGCUGCGUUCCGUUUUCUGUGGUCACGAUGGCUGGAAGAUUACUUGCGUGGAUAUCUCGAAUGAUUUUGGAUUCAUCGUUACUGCAUGUGCCGCAGGACAAGUGGUUAUUUGGGACUUGAGGACUCUGACAUUUGUUCGACGAUUGCCACACUCAUUCAAGGACGAACAAGAUAGUGGACACGUGCGGGCUGCCACUUCCGUUUCCAUCAACCACAACACUGGAAACAUUGUUACGCUUGUUGGACCACAUUUGAGUGUAUUCGAUGUCAAUGGAAAUCUUCUCGGAACUGAGAACUCACUUGGAGCUAUGCCAACAUGUGCUGUUGCCACAAAUUGUCCAGAAUGGCAAGAAAAGGGAAUUGUUGCUGUUACAGGCCAUGUCACAGGCGAGAUCCGAUUCUGGAGCCUGGACUACGGAACUGGAGAGCUAACCGUGCAAUACAUGAUGAUUGAUAUCGAACAUACAUGCGAGAUUACUGCUCUUCGCAUUACCGGAGCUGAACGCCAAGACACACUCCUUAUCGGAGACAAGUCUGGAAAGAUGUCGGUUUGCAAGACUGUGCAGUUGGAAAACAUUAGUCAAAAGGAAUUGGGCGAAGUUGUCACAGAACUGCGCGCAAUGAAGAAUUUUCCAGAAGACGCCGAUAAGAAAGAAUCAGAAGGACCUGGAGCAACCCUGCGAUCGUUCUUGCCUGGUCAAGGCGACACUGUCACCAUGUAA